AUGAAUAUAGAUAGGAUUAUAAAAUACUGUGAGGCUGCAACCAAGCGAAGUAGUUGUCCAAGGGAAGACAAGAGAGUCUACAUAUACAGGGCAGUCAUGAAGGAGCUUAAAUCACUGGACAUAUCAAAAGUCAAACCCGAUCAUCCACUAGCUUGUGGAAUAUUUGAUCUUACAAAGAGGGUUGACAAUUAUGCCAACAUACUGCCAGAGGAGAUACAGACAUUGUUGAAGAGGAACAACUUUGUCCAUGAUGUGGAGCUCUGA